UUUCGAAACGAAUUUUUCCAUUUUAUCGGCUAUCAUUCGGCUGAACCCGGCACUGCUCGGGCAUCCUCGUAAUGGGCGUGCUCAAAUGCGGUGCGUCUCAACCGGCGGUACAAUCGGAUGAUCCCGGGCGGGCGGAGCCAAUUAGGAGGAAACCGUACAGUUGGCUGACUCCUCCUAAGAAAACCGGCGACGAGCAUCAGUACCCGGCAGUUUGAUCGUUCAUCUGUACCGCUUUCAACUCAACGUUACUGCAGCCUGAUAAAUCUCUUGAGCCAGUCUUAGGUCACUCACAAAAACCACACCAACACUUACUUCUAAACCAAGCGACACUUGUAUGGUGCAAUUUUAGAAAUAUCCGCCAAGGGCUUGGAGAUUAACGUUUCAGAGAAAUUGCUGCAGGAUGGAGACGCAAAUACAUGUACCCGUGGGCUCGCCGGUAAUUAGAAAAAUCCCGGUGUUCGUGGACGAGCGCAACGUAACGGAAGGAGCGAUGAAGCUCAUUAAAGAGCUGAGACCGGCGUGGGACUCGAGCGACGUCAAGACCAAGCUCUUCACCGAUGGAACCACCAACAAGCUAGUGGGCUGCUACGUGGACGACAGUCCAGAUGACGUAGUCCUGGUCCGAGUAUAUGGAAACAAAACAGAGCUGAUUGUGGACCGAGACAAUGAGCUUAAGAGCUUUCAGGUGCUGCAUGCUAACGGUUGUGCUCCUCGCCUCUACUGCACCUUUCUAAAUGGCAUCUGCUAUGAGUUCAUGCAGGGAGAUGCACUGGGAACGCAGGAUGUCAGAGAUCCUACUCUGCUCAGGCUGAUAGCCAGGGAAAUGGCUCGUAUCCACGCCAUCCAUGCACACAAUGGCUGCAUCCCCAAACCCAACCUCUGGAUCAAGAUGCGGAAAUAUUUCUCGCUUGUAGCCACAGAAUUCACAGAGCAAGCCUCCAACAUCAGAAUACAGCAGGAAGUUCCCAGCAAGGUGGUGCUGGAGCAGGAGAUGGUUUGGAUGAAGGAGCAUCUUUCUACACUGGGCUCACCUGUGGUGCUCUGUCACAACGACCUGCUCUGCAAGAACAUCAUCCACAACAGCAAAGAGGGUCAUGUGCGCUUCAUCGACUAUGAGUACUCCAGCUACAACUACCAGGCCUUUGACAUCGGCAACCACUUCAAUGAAUUUGCAGGCAUGACUGAGCCGGACUAUGGACUCUAUCCUAGUCGGGAGAUGCAAAUGGAGUGGCUUAAGGUGUAUCUGCAGGCUUACAAACUCUUCACCAAGAACACAGAGGAGGUCAGCCAGCGAGAGCUAGAGACGCUCUACGUUCAGGUCAACAAGUUUGCUCUGGCUUCUCACUUCUUUUGGGGUUUCUGGGCUCUCAUCCAAGCCAAAUACUCCUCCAUCGAUUUUGACUUCCUGGGGUACGCCGUGCUACGUUUCAACCAGUACUUCAAGACUAAACCUGCAGUGAUGGCCAUGCAGAUCCCAGAGUGAGAGGAGGCGAAGGAAGCCAGAAGGACGAGGAGAGGAGCCCAGAAGGAGGUGUGUUUGAAGGUUAAAUGCUGGGACUUCCUCUCACAUGAGGACGCUUCUGUGAGCCAGCUGUGAUGGACCACUCCUCGGUCAGCCUGGCAUCCUUUUCCUGCAACAAGCGCAAUUACUCUUUGAUUCCUCCAAACUUUAGCUCCACGUAUGUCACCGCUGUAGCCCGAGAACGACAAAACUUCCACGUGUGUAUGUGUGCAAGUGCAUUCGUCUGCGUUUCUAAUAUAUGUUGAAAAACCGUCACGCUUUUCCUCUUAGAGCAGUUGAACCAGGCGUAGAGAGGUCUGUGUUUGGGAUCGGACACCAAAAUGUUCCACAACGCUGGUAAUGAUGUCACAAGAGGAAGGAGAGGGUAGAGGAGUGUCAGGAUGAUGGUUUGUUUUCUGAAACUGACUACAGGUGCAGCCUGGUGUUAGUCACAUUGUAUGUGUGUGUGUCUCGUGUGUGUUCCUUCCUCUGUCUCUACAUAUUUUAACACAUUGUGACCUUUUCUCAUGUUUUUUUCCAUCAUCAAGUGCCCGUAGCUUUCUGCACUGAGCUUUCCUCGGGGUGUCCUUUCCUGUGCCCUCUGUUUUUCCUGUUGAAGCACUUUCAGCUUCUUUCACCACAUCUUCCAGUAAUUCACAGCGCUGCUGCUGCUUAUGCUGCUAGAGUUGUAAGACUUGUCUGCGUGUCAGUUGGUGUUUUAUGCCAAACGCCACAUAUGUGGAACAGCAAAUGGAAAGCUUUAGGUUGACUCACUGUUAAAGCUAAAUGUGCAUUUAUUUAUUUGUAUUUAACAUCUCAGGUUAACAACUCUUUGGAAAGUGGUACUGAAGGAGGUGGAGGGGAUGGCUACAAAGACGAGACCUCUGUGUGUGUUCCUGUCCUCAAGCAUUAUUUCCACCUUUUUGACUUUUAUGGUUACAGCGCAUCGCUCUGUUAAAUUUUCCAUUUAAGGUUUCCAGACAUUUUGGAAAGUCACCACCUCUGUCACCCUCCUUGUGCCAUGUCCUCCUCUCCCUUUAUACCCUUUUAUCUUUGAUCGCCCACCAGUUCCCAGUUUUGGUCUUUGGUUGCUUCUCCCUUUACUCUGCAGAGGUUUAUGCAUCUGUUUUUCAAACCGUCCUGAAAUCAUAGCCCAGUCUCAGGCCCAUGCUGUAAUCCACUCUAUUCAUCUCAGAUUUAGAGUCAAAACUUCUUACAUAAUUACAUAUUGCAAAAGUUUUUAUCUGGGGUCAAAUCAAGUGGCGCUUUCAAAAAGAUUCUGGAGUGGGUUAGCUGGGGGGGGUGUCUGUCACGAGAUCAGCUACUAUUUUCCUGGGAAAAAGAUCUGACUCUGAAAGACGGAGAAAUCAUUAACGCACAAAAGUACUUACAGCUUAGAAAGCAGGCUUCUUUGAAAUCUAGCUAGUCUGUUUGUUAUUUAUUAAAAAUUUUUCUGCUUAACUUUUGACUGAACACGUAACUAAGCAGAAACGUAUCUGUUCAAGGCUGCCACCUUUUUCAAGAGACCGGUUCAGACAGAUUGAGUGUAAUUUGAAACAUAGACUGUAUAAAAAAGAUGGAUGUAAUGUGAUGUAAUGCACUGUGAUGUCAGCCAUUGGUGAGCAGAGUCUCAUUUUGAAGUCUCAAGUUCUUUCUGAGAUGUGGCUCACAGAUUUGUCAGUCAUAUACAAAAUCAUACAGUACUGUAGUUAACUUCUGACUCAAUAAUAACUAGUAAUUAUUGAAUAAUGAAUAACUAUUCAGACAAUAAAGUCAUCAAUGAUAUGUUUACAGAGUUCACAAACUAAGUUUUUCCAGAGGCUUCUAAGCAGUUGGAUGUCUUUUUGCAACCUCCCCGCUGGGCAUCCCAAUCACUGCAGGGCAUCCCAGUGCAAAACUCGAGGGUAGAGCUGGUGGGGUUGAACCUCUCGUUUCCAUCACCGUUGGCCAAACUUGGCUAAAAGCAGAGCAGAACUGGCAGCUUUCUAAAGAAGUCAUGGGGUGUUACUCCUUGGCACCAAAGAGGGAGCUCUGACCUUUGUCCUCCACUGCUGGUGUCGUGUAACUGGAAGGCUUAAUAAUUCACCAGCUAAGCUGCAGGAGAGAGGGACUAAAGCAUGUUAAUGGCUUUCAUUCAGAACAGUUAACCCGAGAGCGAUUUUCUGAGGGUUGCUGUUAAUAUCUGAAGUCUUUAAUCGUUCUUAACUUUAGGUAAAAUAAUUCUCUUCUCCUCAGUGUGAAUAAGAACUGAUUUUAAUACAAUACAAAACUCACUGGGUUUAAAAGUUAUUGAUGCAUACACUGGCACAUAUUCAGGAGUCUUUUACUUCACUUAGUGAAUUUUAUUAUUUAAAUGUUAUCAAAAGAGUUAUUUUAUGCCACUAACAGUGAAGUAAUCAGCUUGGUGCAUUUGCAAAGGCCACAUUGGUGAAUUUGCUGCCUGAACACACAAUUCUAAUACCCAGGUAGGACGUCAGCCAGGAUAAAGAGGGCAUUCGCACUCCAUGAACACCGAGUGAAUAUCUCCAUUCCCUUCAGAGGACACUGGUACAGUCUGCGGACUGCUUUUUGAAGGGAAGGCAUUUUAGGUUCCUGUAACAUUGUAUCUUAUACGCUAACAGAAGAUGAAGCUGAAUGUGUGGGAGAUGAACUGAAGACACAUUCCAACAAAUCUUUGCAUUUAUUUAGCAGCUGUUUGGAUCUUUGGUCACCUUACCCACUGCUUCAGUAUCAUCCAUUAAAGAUGCAGUGUUCAGAUUUCAUGUGGCCAAAUAGAACAAAUUAAAAAAAAACAACUAGCCUGGACAAAUAGACCAAAUAAAAAAAUGUUUGACUUUAUUUAUUUGCACAAGUCUUUCACUGCUCUCAGUCUGUGAGUACACUUCCUCAAACAGGGAGUGGAGACAGAGAUGGCUAAUGUGAGAUAAGACACCAUUAACUGAGCUGUCAACACAUUAUCUCAACUGUGAUAAAUCCAUCCAACCAGUGUUAAAACGAACGUGACAAGAAAGAGAAGCCAGGAAACCUGCUGUUCCUGAUAUUUGAUCCACGAUAUUGACACAAUAUUGCAUCCGUAUUCACAAUGCUGCAACAACUUUUUCUCUUUAGACUGGGCGCUGGGUAAGGUGACGGCAAACAGAAAAUGAGCUUGACUCUGAUCCCCAAUUCCAGACAAAUGCAUCCAUUUCAUGUGUUUUUGUGUCGACUGCUGAGACCAGCUGUCUGAAUUUGCUGUUCCACGCUGGCCAUUGAAACGGUUCACUGUCGUCGUGUCGUCACUUUAUACGGUUGUUUUAAAAUCAGUUUGUUUAUUAUUGAUUCUAACGUUGCAUUCCACACUUUCUUAGUUUGUUGCAGUCCAGUCAUACCAAAACGGUUAGCUUCAGUUUGCAUUGCAUUUAAUUUGAGAUUAACUAUUUUUGUGUGUGUGAAUGUACUAACUUAAUUAUACAAAAUACUGUACAGAAAACUGACUUUUUUUUCUUUGUAUGCUGACAUAUACUUUGUGUAAGUGCUUUGACUUGAAAGGUAGAGCGCUGUGUAAAAGGCCGCAGUGCUUGGUUUGCAGAUGUGACUUUGUAAAUGUACUCAUCCACUGCUAAAGGAGAUGAUGAUGGGGGAUGUAAAUAUUGUAAGAAAUACUGUGAAAAGCUUACUGUACAGUGAUCCUUCACACCUCUGUAGGAGUGGCAAGAUUAUUUAACUGUUGUUAGUAAAUAUUUCCAUUAAAAAGAAUGAAAUGGUAUUAAAA